CUCCUUCCUCCUUCCUCCUUCUUUCUGCUGAGUAGUAGUCCAUAGUGUUUAUGUACCAUAAUUUCUUUAUCCAGUGGACAGUUGAUGAACAGCUGGGUUGAUUCCAUUUCUUCACUUUUGUGAAUUAUGCUGCAACGAACAUAGGGGUACAGAUAACUUUUUCCAGAUGAUUUCUUUUGGUGUGGGUAAAUUCCCAGGAGUGGGAUGGAUGUAUCAUGGGAAGUCUAUAUUCAGCUUUUUGAGAUAUCGCCAUACUGUCUUCCACAGUGGCUGUACCAGUUGGCAUUCCCACUAACAGUGGAAUAGGGUACCUUUUCCCCCACAUCCUGACCAGCAUUUAUUGUUUGUUGAUGAGAGCCAUUCUAACUGGAGUGAGGUGAAACCUCAUUGUGGUUUUGAUUUAGAUUUCUCUGCUGGCUAGUGAUCUUGAGCAUUUUUUUUCUAGUGUCUGUUGGCCAUUUGGAUUUUCUCUCUUGAAAAAUGUGUUCAAGUCCUUUGGCCAUUUCUUAACUGGAUUGUUUGUAUUGUUUAAUUUCUUGAGCUUUUUAUAGAUUCUGGAUGUUAGCCCUUUAUCAGUUGUGUAGAUUGCAAAUAUUUUCUCCCAUUCUGUCAGUUGCCUCUUCACUUUGCUGAGUGUUUCUUUUGCAGUGCAGAAGCUUCUCAGCUUGAUGUAAUUCCCAUUUGUCAAUUUUGGCUUUGAUUGCCUGUGCUUCUGGAGUCAUUGCCAAGAAAUCUUUGUCUUUCAGAGUUUCUCCAAUGUUCUCUAGUAUUUUGAUGUUAUAGGGUCUUAGAUUUAGCAAUUCAUUUGCUCAAGAUCUACACAUUGCAUGCAAUUAAGUCUUUUAACUUUCUUUUGAGCUGUUGUUUCUCUCUUCCUCUUUUCCCCUUGUGACAUAUUUAUGAAGAAAUCUGGUUGUCUUUUCUUUGUUUCCCAUACUUGGUGCUUACUGUUGCAUCCCUGGGGGCCUGUAUAACAUGUUCCUCUGUCCUUUGUUUAGCCUGCAACUUGAAUCUGGAGGCUUGAUCAGAGUCAGAUUCAUAUUUUUGUAGUGCCAGCAUUUUUAAAGCACAAAUAAAAAGACGGCCCACUGAACAGUAUGUGCAUGCGUGUCCACAUCUGCACACAUACCAGUGCCUGUGUGUGCCCAUGUGCUUAUGCACACAUGUGUGUCCAGUGUGUGUGCACGUGCAUGCCUCUGUGUAUGCACACCUGUGUCCAUGUGUGUGUGUAUACACAUGUCUCAGUGUGUGUACACUUAUGCAUACAUACCUAUGUAUGUAUGUUUGCAUGUGUGUGCCUGUGUGCAUGCACACAUGUGCAUGCCCAUGCAUGUGCCCAUGGGAUAUUCUCUUCUAUGUCUGACCACUUUGCAGACAUCUUUGUCCUCCAGUGGUCACAGGCUCCUCUCAAGCUUACAGAACUGCUUCCAGGUUCCUUGUCAAAAAGCAGGCAAGGUGCAAAUCAAAAGCUUUGCCCUUGGUCAAAGCCAGUCCCUAGGAUGCUGCUUGUGGAAGCCAUUGGUGGAGACAGAGUUCUGGUGUUGUCUGCACUGCAGUUUCGUCCAGCAGCCUCCCUCUGUUGCCUGUAUUUUGACAUUGGGGUCAUUCCUGCUGGGAACUGUAGGAGGGUUGAGAACCAGCAUUUUCAUCCUCCUCCAUCCUGUCCCUUGGUACCCACUUAAUGAUGACACAGCCACAGGCUGGCUGUGCUGCAUUAGAGAAAUUAGGUGUGAGCUCUGCGUCUCCUGCAAAGGCCCUGUGGCCUGAUGAGAGGUUGAUGAGCAAAUAGCAAUGGCAGCAAUUCACCAAGUGCCCUGGAAACAGAAUGGGGGUGGGGGAAGAUCAGGAAUUCAGGUAGGAAAAUGCUGUCCAAACCAGAGACUGAGCUUGGAGGCAUCAGCUGCAAAGUGGAGAAAGAGCUGUGCAUCCAGCAGAUGCCUUCCCUGGCACAAGGAUGCUCUGAGCCACCCGUCAGUGUGCUAGCAUUACUGAGUGCCUCAUUCAGCAGGAGGCAACAUCUCAGCAGGAGGAAAAAGGGGCUUGUCUCAUCCUGCAAAGCACAUCUGGUGUCCAAGCCACUGGGCGCCCGUCUUAGCCCCUCUCUUUGAUCCCUCACUUCCGGCCCAUGGCCUGUGGUGUCCACUGAGCCUCCUAACAGAUCUCAGAUCCAUCCCCUCCUCUCCAUCUCCCCUCGGCCCCUCACUGGCGCCUGCUUUCUCCCUUGCUCACUCUGAUCCAUUUUUCACAUGGCAGCCAGGGUCCUAUUUCUGAGACAUAAAUCCCAUCAGAUCCCCCUGCUGACUGAAAUCUUUCAAUGGGUUGAAUUGUGCCUCCCCAGGAUUCAUGUUUACCCAGAACCUUGAAUGUGACCGUAUUUGGAAUAAGAGUCUUUGCAGACAUCAUUAAGUUAAGAUGAAGUCAUGCUGGGUUAGGGUGGGUCUUACAUCCAAUGACUGGUAUCCCAAGAAAAGAAGAUGAUACAGAGACACAGAGAGUAGAAGGCCAGAGGAAGACAGAGGCAGAGGUCCGAGCCAUGUGUCUACAAGCCAAAGAAUGCCAGCAGUGAUGGGCUGUGCCGGCAGCCAGGAAGAGAUGUGGAAGGAGUCUUCCCUUGAGCUUAUGCUGGGAGUGUGGUGAUGCAGACAUAUUUUAUUCUUAUAGAUUAUUUGUUUGAGGGGCAGAGAGGCAGACAGACACAGAGAAACUGAUCAACAGACAAGGAGAUCUCUCAUUUUCUGGGCUACUCCCCAGGUACCUGCAACAGCUAGGAGUGGGCUGGCCUGAAGCCAGGAGCUGGGAACUCAAUCAAUCCAUGUCUCCCGCGUGGGUAUCAGGGACCCAGUUACUGCAGCCAUCAUGGUUCCUCCCAGGAUCUGCCUCAGCAGGAAGCUGGAGUUGGGGGCUGGAGCUGGGACUUGAGCCCAGGCAUUUUAAUGGCAGGGGGCGUGGGCAUUGGAGUCUGCCCCUUAACCACUGGGCCAAAUGCCCGCCAGCCUGCCAGCUUCCUGAUGUCUGACUUGCACCCUUCAGAGCUGUGAGGGGAUAAAUUUCUGUUGCCUUUUAGAAAAUAUUUAUUUAAUUGAAAGGCAGAGUGAGAGAGCGAGAGAGAAUGUUUUCCAUCCGCUGGUUCACUCCCCAGAUGAAUGGCCAUAGCAGCUGGAGUUGGAGCAGGCUCAAGCUUGGAGCCUGGCACUCCAUCCAGGUCCUCCCACAUGGGUGGCAGGAACCAAAGGACUUGGGCCGUCCUCUGCUACUUUCUCAGGCCCAUUAGCUGGGAGCUGGAUCAGAAGCAGCGCAGCCAGAACUCAGAUUGGUGCUCAUAUCAGAUGCUGGCAUCACAACAUUGGCCCUAAAUUUUUGCUGCUUUGAGAAACCUAGUUGAUACUUUGUUAUGAUAGCUCUAGGAAUCCAACAGAGACCCUUUGUAAAUGGCACUGAACGUUACAUCUGGAAAAAAACAUCCAACUCCAUUCACAUGGCCUGCCAGGCCUGGAACAGUCUGGUUCCUUCUGCCCUGUGACCUGGGGUCUAUGUUCUCUCCAUGCCUCACAGGUGCUCCUCCUAACCCUCCCAUAGAUAUCCCUUUUAAACUCAGCUUUGGGGCCAGUGCUGUGGUGUAGCAGGUAAAGCUGCUGCCUGCAGUGCUGGCAUCCCAUAUGGGUGCCGGUUCAAGUCCCAGCUGCUCCACUUCCAAUCCAACUCUCUGCUAUGGCCUGGUAAAGCAGUGGAGGAUGGCCCAAGUCCUUGGGCACCUGCACCCAUGUGGAAGACCUGGAGGAGGCUCCUGGCUUCUGAUCGGUGCAGCUCUGGCCGUUGCAGCCAAUUGGGGAGUGAACCAGCGGAUGGAAGAUUCUCUCUCUCUCUCUCUCUCUGCCUCUGCCUCUGCCUCUCUGUAACACUGCCCCAAAUAAAUAAAUAAAUAAAUCUUUAAAAAAGAAAAAGAGCUCUCCACAGAGGGGCCUUCCCUGACCACCCCAUGCACCCCUAACCCCAUCUAAGUGGAGUCAGGCCCCUGCCCCUCUGUCACAUCACUCUGCUUUUCCCUUCUGUGGCGCGCUCAGUACAGUUAGGGUUCUGACUCACUUGCGAGGCUCACUCCUCCAGCAGAUGCAGGGCUCUCUGGGUACGCCUGGGUCUGUCUUGCUUGUCCUGUGUCCGUAGCUCUCCGUGCUGCGUCUGCCGCAGAGUGGGUGCUUCCUACACAGUUGCUGAGUCAGUGACCUCAACAAGCGCAAAGUGACAGAACCCAUGGGAUGAGGCUGUGCAGAAGGUUGGAUGCAGAGUUGGGGUGUGGGGUGGUAGUCAGUUCGGGGAGAUCAGAAAUGGCUCCAUGCAGGUCCCCACAAGGUCUGUGGUGAGGGAGGGUCGGUGCCAGCUGUGUUUCACUGCAAACUUAGGGGUGCUCCAUGUCACCACCACGUGUAAACAAGUUUAACAGAGGUUAAACUUGGCUCUGACCUCUGGUGAGAAGGGCUCCCCGUUCUCUGGCCUGUGUUCCACAGAUCCCACACAGGGCGGCAGUGAUCAUGACUCAGGUGCCACCGACCCUCGGGGCCAGCGACACUGGGGAAUGACAUUGCUCAGUGCAGAAAAUUCACAGUAAAGGCAGGACUCCAGGCAUCAUGGGUCAGGGUAACAUGGGCCUUGGGAGCACCCGAUCCCACUCCAAGUUUACAGAUUGGUCCCCAAGGCCAGGAAGGGGCAUGUGGCUUUCCCAAGGUCACCCACGGGUGUUGUCUCUGAGGUAGCACAGGACCAAAGCCUAGAUCUCCUUGGGCUGUCUAGGUCUCCUCAGAGGACUUUCCUUUUAGAAAAACAGUGACAUCCAAGCAGAGACAACCCCACCCCCCCACCAACCCACAUGCUCUGUCCUCUGUGCCAGGCUGACAUUUAAAUAACCUGAUCCAGCCCAGCUUUUCUUUAAGGCACAUAAGGGUAACAGUGAACUUGCAGAAGCUUUCUGGCUCUUUCCAACACCUGGAGAGGUCGCUGCUAGGCUUCCCCAGCCUCUACUGCCCUUGUGAUGUCUGGGAACCUGAGACAUGCUUGUGGGGGCAGGCAGAGAGGAGACGUGCCAUCUGGCUUACCUGUCCUGCUCCUCAUUACCCUGCCCAUGCCAUCAAGGCUGGGGUUGUACGCUCCAGCUCUGUGCCAGGCACACAGCUGGUGCUUAAUUAAAGCUCACCGAAGCAGCGAACAGCCUGAGGCUCAGCUGAUCCUUUCCAUGGCUUCUUCCACCUGCUGUGGCACCGUUGCCCCUUCCCCCCUUUCAGAGAACUGCAGUGUGGCAGGUUAUGGGGACCUUGGAGUCCCUGCCCCUGCCCAUCUGCUCAGCAGAUCACCUGGCUGUGGUCCUUGAGCCUCGUUUUCCUUCCCCUUCCAACUCCAUCCUUUGCCUCUAGCCCAUCUCAGAUGUCGCUUUUCCCUGCCCUGGUGCUGACUGCCACACCCGCUGCCCAAUGAAGAAGCUUGAGAACCUGUGCCAGCUGCCUCCGUGUCUCCCACAUCAGACCCAUAUUCGACAAAGCAGCUUUCAAAGGCAUGAUACUUCCAAGAUGAAAGUCACUCAAAGCCGGCGCCACGGCUCACUAGGCUAAUCCUCCGCCUUGCGGCGCUGGCACACCGGGUUCUAGUCCUGGUCGGGGCGCUGAAUUCUGUCCUGGUUGCCCCUCUUCCAGGCCAGCUCUCUGCUGUGGCCAGGGAAGUACAGUGGAGGAUGGCCCAAGUUCUUGGCCCUGCACCCCAUGGGAGACCAGGAUAAGUACCUUGCUCCUGCCAUCGGAUCAGCGCGGUGCGCCGGCUGCGAUGGCCAUUGGAGGGUGAACCAACGGCAAAUGAAGACCUUUCUCUCUGUCUCACUGUCCACUCUGCCUGUCAAAAAAAAAAAAAAAAAGAAAAGAAAAGAAAAAAAAAAGUCACUCAAAUGAUGCCAGCUCAUCACUUCAGUGACUUACCCUUGCACUUGCACCAAGCUCACCCCUCCCUUCUCUCGUGGGGCGGUGCCUCCUCACCUCCUCACUGCCCCAUCACCGCCCCAGGGAAGUCCUCUGUGACCACCCAUGGACUGUGGUUCUCUUUGCUGUGCUCAGGGGUCUGCACACUCCAUGGCUACCUCUGACCACAGCUUGCUUUGCUAAGUCAAGUUGACUGGGGCCACGGCCACAGCCGUCCCCUUUCCCACUGGCUUUGGCUGUCUCUGGGUUAUAGUGGCAGAGCUGGGAAGCUGCGACAGAGACCGUAUGGUCCACAAGGUCUGCCAAUCCGUGUGCAAGCUCAGCCUCUUGUUAGCAUUCUUUGUGGCCUUUUUUCACGGGCAGUAAACAUUAUUUUAUAUAUUUUUUUGUUUUCUCCUUUUGUUCCUGUCUUCAGUAAGAGCAGGGUUGUUCGAGACAUUUCUACCUGUGUCUGCAGUGGGAGGAAGGCGGUGGGAAUACUGGAGGCACCUGGUCAUUAUUUGCUAAACAAACCACAACAUUCAGGUUUCACCAGAUAGUUUGCUGGGACUAAAAGAGUCCUUACUGGUCAGAUCAGGAUCUUUGGAUUAUCUAUGCUCGGCCAGAAUAAGCCAGGUGUUCCCAUUGCUUCUCGUCCAUGGCAGUCACACCUAGGCACAGGCUCUUCUACUUGGGUUUCCCUCCCCACCGUCUUGGCUUCCUGCAUGAUUUUUAGAGCCUGGAUGGGUUCCGGGUGGUAAAAUAGUGGACAAAAUGUUUCCUUUGGAGGGAGGGAGGCCAGGAUGGAAGGCGGACCACAGAGUGGUUCCUAGAACUGGGAACCCUUGUGGGGCAUUGUGCUCUGGUCUUGCUGCCGCGGGGUAGUUACAAAUGGUCUCAGUUUCAUUGUAAGCAGGCAGACUAGAAAUUAUAACUGUGAGAGCACAUUCUCCCCGCGCCUUUGUGACUCCGUCUGGAAAAUUGCUUCCAAAGAGCCAAGAAUGACCCCUUGCACAAUUUCCUGGGGCUCUUGUUAAAGGCAGAUUCCCGUGGAAGACCAGGUGACUGUGACUCACCAUGAGCCCCCAUGGACCAGAAAUUCUCCACGUUCUCUCCUGUAUCUCCGAUUCCUGAUGCUAGUUUCCGGUUCCUGUUGUUUCACAAGCUCUGUGUCCUUGGCCUGGAUGCCAGCUGUCUCUGAGCCCCAGGUGCUCAGCUAGAGAGAGGAUUGUAUUUUGUAACUAUGGAUGAACUGAAUUUUGCCAUUGGCAUUACCUCUUUUUUCCUCGGGGGGGGGGGGCCCUGCCUUGCAUUGUUGGUGACAGUCCUAUCUUCCUCCCAGCCCCUCUUUGGGACAGCAGAAAGGAGAGGUGAGAGGCACUUUCUGCUGGCUUUGUGUUUAGAUAGGCUUGUCUCUUGGGGAACAGAAGGGACUCCUAGCAGAGGGGAUUACCUAGGAACAAGAGGCAAGGGGGCAAGAGCUGCCUGCCUCCCUCACUGGGACCACAGCGAGAGUGUCAGGGCUGCAGGCAGGGAGGUGAGCUGGAGGGGAUGCCGGGAAGACCUGGUGCAGAGACCUCGAGGAGGGAGCUUGGCUUUCUACUCCCUGGGCUGAGCUCUGCAGAAGCAGCACCUCCGCCAGGCGAGUCUGGGAGGCCCGAGGGCCCAGGAGACAGCAGGAUGUCAGGGGAGGAAAAGCUUCCUAAGGAUUGUUGUUAAAGAGGCCAGGCUCCGCCUCAGUUCGCCCACGACCUAAAAUGAAAAGGGCUCAGCAGGUGACUCCAGAGUGGCCAGGAGGCCAGAAGGGACCUCAUGGACAGGCUGAUUUGGCUUUUCUUCUUCUGCUCCACCCUCCUCCACAUGGUCUUGGCAUUUCUGAACCCUCCCUGGGCAGACUCAGGGGGAAAGGAGGGUGGGCCCGAGUUAGCUACUGGGCUGCCACCUUGCUGAUCAGACAAAACCCCUGGGUUGAUAGUGUUUGUAUGGAACAGGGAGCAGAGCAAGUUUGGAUUUGGCUUGAAAAUGGGGUAGGAGGUUUUGAAUUGAUGAAUAAGUUGAUUUGGAAUGAAACGCAGAGGUGCAGAAAGAGUGAGAGAGGGAGGGAGGAAAAGAGAGAGAAUGGAAAAUCAAUUCCCCAGCACCAGCCGCGCAGCUGGUGGGCACCAGAUGGGAAAAUGAUGAUCUACAGAUCAGGUCCUGUUAACAAGGCUGCCGGCAACGACGAGAAGCCACCUGCAGCUGCGUGGUGGAAAAUCUGGCUCCAGAGCGUGGGGCUUCUGGUAAUCCUUCUUGGUAACCGCCGAGCCAUGAACUUGCUAAGUGGUAUCCGCUGGAGACGGGCUCCACUCGGGCUCAUCUGCAAAUGGUGGCCAAAUCUCUGUCCCUGGAAGGCCAGAAUGCGCCAGGAGUGGUGGUGGACGCAGGGUCCAACUGUGGUGAGUGUGUAUUGCAGCAGAUGGCCAGGGGCACCGCUCCUGGGACAGCGGCUCUCCUGCGGCUGGUGCCCGCCGAGGGGUCAGGGGCUGCAUCUGUCAUGUCCCUCCUCCCAGUGCCCACCUCCUCUGACCAGCGUCUGCCCACCUGCUCCAACGGUGCUUCUUCUCAUCUCCCCCUGCCAGGAGCAGCAGGUCCUGAUGAGGAGCUCAGGCUGUGGUGAUGGGUAAGGGUGGACCGUGUGCUGGAGUGGGUGCCAGUGCUCUGGGCUCAGAUUGAGGCUCAUGGGCCUCCUUCCUGGCUUUGUAACUCCUCUCUGGGCCUAUGGGUAAGUAACUCAAACCACUAUAAGCCUCAGCUUCCUCCUCUGGUUUUGGGGAUUAAAUGAUAUCAUGAGAAUAGAGAACCUGGCUGCUAAGACCCUGUAUGUACUCAGUGAGGAUAACCCCAAGACCACAACCAGCAAUGCAGUCUUGCCUAAUUCCUGUUGUAGCAAUUGUCCCCAGGCACUGGCACAGCCAGUGGGGUGCCUGUGCCGCUAUCCAGGGGGCCAUGCGGUUCCCGGAUGUCAGUGAUCUUGUCUUCUAAGCCUGUUUCUCCUACCCCUCCUGGAAUGUGCGCUUCUUCCUGCUCCCCAGGGAGGCCUUGUGAGCGUCUCCGCUGCACGCAAUGGUGCGCGUUGCCUCUUCCAGGCAGAAUUGCAUUAGAGGUUUCCAUUUCCUGAAUCCCAGCCCAUGGAGAAAGCCUGUUUCCAAUUACUGUUCCUACCCGUAAUCAGAUGAGAGCACGCUGAGUAAAUGGCUUUCAUGGGGCUGCGGUCGUGGCUGGAUUGACUGGAGUCUUAACCUCCUUAUUAAUAGUGAACAUUUUGGGGAUGAACUUUUGACCACACACUCAUUCAGCGUAUCUUCCUCAGGCAUGCUCUCCCCUGCAGACACAGUGAGUGGCAGACAGGUGUGCAACCAGUGGACAGUGGUGUGGAUGUUCCGCACUCUCUCUCUCUCUGCCUCAGUUUCCCCUGCUGUAAAAUUAGAGGGUUAGAUACUGUGACCUCUGGGUUCCCUUUUGAAUGUUUGUAGGGAAAAAAGAUGAACCAUCAGGGCUGGUGUUGGGUGUAAUGGCUUAGGCUGCCACCUGCAAUUCUGGCAUCCCAUGUGGGCGCCGGUUUCAGUCUGGCUGCUCCACUUCCAAUUCACCUCCUUGCUAAUGCACCUGGAAAAGCAGCGGAAGAUGGUCCACAUCGUUGGACCCCUGACACCUGUAUGGGAGACUUGGAAGAAGCUCCUGGCUUUGACCUGGCCCAGCCCGGGCUGUUAUGGCCAUCUAGGGAGUGAAACAGUGGUUGGAAGAUUGCUCACUUGCUCGCUUUCUGUAAUUCUGACUUUCAAAUAAAUAAGUGAAUUAAAAAACAAAUGAAGAACCAUCAAGCUCUGAGUUCUCAGUGGUGGGGACCACAUCAAUGUCCUGUGGUUUUUGAAUCACUUCCUGGGACUGGACCACCUUUGGCAAAUGGUGCCUCCUUGUGACCCUUCAGGAGGGAGAGUGUGGAGAGAUGACUACUGACUUGGCAUUAUUUUCCCAAAUACGCUUUGCUGUCUGGGGGUGUUGUGGGUGGGAGGCAACUGUGUCUUUCUCAAGUAGAAUUUGACUUUGGAUUCUCAUUGGAGUUACCCAGGGAGCUUUUUCAAACUUUUGAUGCCCAGGCCAGAUAUUGAGACAAUUAUAAUAGAAUUUCUGGGAGUGGGGUGGAGCAUGUAUUUUGUAAAAAUCCCCAACAUACAGGCAGUAUGGAGAAUAAGCUCUAGAAUAGUGCAUCUCCAACUUUCCUAGGUGCAGGAAUCACCGGAGAUCGUAUUACGGUGCAGAUUCUGGCCUAGGAGGUGGCAGUGGGGCCUCAGGGUCAGUGUGUCCAGAGUCCGGUGCUGCCGGCUCCCAGGUCACACUGGGUAGCAACACUUGAGAGGCUCCAUAGUCUGGCUCUGCUACGGGAAACCACAAGCCCAGGAGAAACUUGAGCUACAGAUGUCUGAGGGGGUGGCUUUUUUGCCCAUCCACACCAGCAGAACGUGGCUAGAAGUGUGGGACCCUUAGUCUCUGGGUUAGGCCUCUUUUCAAGUGGCCAGUCUGUAAGUAUUUGUUCAACAUUUCUUUAGUGGAGGUGCCAUUGGUAAUGGCAAGGAUUUUUUAAAAUUGUGAUGAGGUAGGUAUUUGGUGCAGUGGUUAAGACGCUGGUUAGCACCCUUGUGUCCCAUAAUGCAGUGCCGAGAUUUGGAUCCUGGUUCAGCUCCCAAUUCCAGCUUCCUUCAAGUGCCUGGCCCUCUGCCACUCACGUGGGAGACUCUGAUAGAGUUCUCAGCUCCUAGUUUCCCCUAGUCACCUGCCUUGGCUAUUGUGGCCAUUACAGGGGUAUACCAGUAGAUAAGAGGUCUCUGUUCAUCUGUCUUUCAAGUAAAUACAAGAAAUAAAGUAAAAAACUUUGUGAUUUGACUUUUCCUCCUCGACGAGAGUGGGCACUUGUUCCUUUUAGAGCUGGACAGCACUUGAAGCUCUUUCUUAUGCUUUGGGAGUUGCCCUGUGUGCUUACUGCAGCAGGCAACCCUCCUGUCACUCAAGGACUCUGAUGAUAUCUCCACCCCCAAGGCAAGGAAAAGCUUUGGUCUCAGCUGGUACAAUCGGAUAUUUCUGCCUAAGACCUUGGCCUGAGCAGGUAAGUGUGCAAAGGUGCAAGUGCAGUGAGCGCUGAUUCAGGCAGCAGCAGGUGCAUCCAAGGCCGAUGGUGGCAACGACAGCAGUGGGACCCACGCCCAGAGGUGGGUGCUAUGCAGGCUCUGCCUGUGCUCUGACCCAAGCAGGGAGAUUCUGGCCUCCAAUCUUGACUGGUUCCAGGUGUUUCACUGAUUGUGCGAGCUACACAGUAGCCCACCAAUGAAUGUACUUUCGGCUUAAAGUAUCUUGAUUUUUGCUGAUUGGUACCUGGGGUGGUCAUGAGAGUCGAUGAGAAAACCCAGAUGGAGAGCGUGGGGUUUCACCCAAUGCAGAGCAAACCAAUCAGUGCUAGGGAAGUCAAAGAGGCAGCAGAACACUAGGAAGGGGAGGAGAAAGGGAGAAGAGAGGAGAAGGAGGAAAGGAGCAGAGGCUGAGAGACACUGGAGAGGUUGUCAUCAGAGGGAUCACGCGGGCCCAGCCAAGUGCCUGCUGGGAAAAGCCGAGACCCAUGAACUGAAAAUGAGCCAGCCCCGGGGAAAGCCCAGCAGACAGGCAGCAGCUGUGCCCAGCCCUGAGCAUGGAAGGAGGCUAAUGCACUGCAGGGGGGUGUUGGGAGGUAGGGAGGGGCUUGGUGAUGGAGGGGGUUGGGUAGGAGAUGCAGGCUAGAGUAAGGAGGAGCCAGGUCAGAAUGGGUUUUCUGGGCCAAGACAAGAAAUCAGCAUUUAAGAUUUAGUACUGAGAGUGCUGCAAAGCGUUGCCAAGCCGGGUCCUUCCUCCAAGUCCUGGAUUAUCUCCGGGAGGAAUCUCAGCCUGGCUGGCCCUAGCUCUUGGGAGAUGGGAUGACAAUUAGGAGAUGGAUGACGUUUGUCUGGGGGGUGGAGCUUCCACCUGCUUGGAUGAAUCAGAUGCUCAGGACAUUCACCUGCGUGGCUGUGGAACCCUUCCCAGGAGCUGGCGGAGGGCGGACUGUGCUAUGACAGCGAAAACCUCUCUCAUCUCUAUGGCUUAACCCAGUUGAUGUAGGUCUAGCAGUUCACGCGGAGACCUAGCCAUCCGCUGCGUUAACCUUGUGGGGCCGCGGUUUGUUUGGAGUCAUGGUGGCGAGAGAGGACGUGUGAGGAGGUGAAACUCCACUCUUGGCUCCCUGGCCAGGAUUGGGUGCACGGCCCCGCUGAGAUCCUUGCAAGAGGACUGGAGGACAGAGGGAAGCCCAGCGAAUAUUUGGAAUACAGGGAGGAGGGCCCUGUGAAGGUGGAGACAGACUCGGGAGUUUUGCUGCCACAAGACAAGGCCUACUGGAAGAAGCAGGGGAGGAGUCUUCCCCACGGUCUUCAGAGGGAGAGGGCAUGCUGACACUCGACUUCAGAAUUCUGGCUUUCAGUACAGCAGAAAGGACAGUGAAAGAGAGAGAGAAAGGUCUUCCUUUUUUUCCCGUUGGUUCACCCUCCAAUGGCCGCUGUGAUCCACGCUGAUCCGAAGCCAGGAGCCAGGUGCUUCUCCUGGUCUCCCAUGUCUUUCCAGGGCCCAAGCACUUGGGCCAUCCUCCACUGCACUCCUGGGCCACAGCAGAGAGCUGGAAAGGAAGAGGAGAGACCGGGACAGAAUCCAGCGCCCCGACUGGGACUAGAACCCGGUGUGCCGGCGCCAUAGGCAGAGGAUUAGCCUAGUGAGCCAUGGCACCAGCCAACACUGAUUUUUAAUGUAUCAUUUUGUUUCAUCCUCAGAAGAAUCCUAUGGAGUGGGAGGGGUGGUCAUUGCUCUGGUUAGUAGAAGACGACGAUGGACUUGCGAAUCCAAGGAAGGUCAAGGUCACACAAGCUGGUGAAUGUUGCAUCUCAAGUCAUCACUUCAUGGGCAUCUCUUCUCUCUGUCAUGUGUCAUUGUUGUGUCUUAUAGUUCUAGACUAUGAGCAACUAUUCCUGAUUCCAUCAUUCUCAUUCUUAUCUCUUAUUUUCUGCAUGGAAUAUGUGCUUGAUGUAACUCUGCUGAAUAAAUGGAUGUAUAAGCCACAUUUUCAGUAGUUUUCUCAGAUAUAGUCAUGACUGGUCUGUCUUAACCUUCCAUCAUCUUCUUUUCCAUGAAGCCUUCUCCUUCCAUUUUCUUUAGCAAGAGCCGCUCGCUCUAUUGUUAAGUGAAGCUGACUAGUUAGAUGGAGAGAUACAAGAGGAACUUGCAAACCCACCAGCCACACACAUAACUCUGCGGUCAUUACAGUGUCAUAGGCUUGUGGUCUUGUUGCAGAUGAAAGAAAAGGGAGACCCUGGAUUUGCACCUCUUGAACGACAAGACUGUUGGUCUCCAGGGACUCGUCCUUGAACUGCCGUUUUCAAGGGAGUGAGUACCAUGCUCACUUCCUCCUCUCCUCCCGUCAGUUAAACUUUACCUCCAGACUCAAGCUGUCACCUGGUCCUCUUCUAACCAGCCUACAGACACAUUGCGGGGGUUCCCAUUGUUCUAAGCAAUGCACACUGAAUAAAGCCUGUG